AUGUCUACGGGAGAUGAUCUGCUCUUUUACAAGCGAGCCACUGAUGCCGUAGUUUCAACGACGCUAGGCAUAACGAGUGUGGAGCCCACUAUAAGAGAGCUUUUAAGGCGUAUCAAACAGGAGCCAGCUUGGGGGUCGGUACAGAGAUCAAAUGAAGUAGAGGUAGAACAGCGCUCAGUACCGACUACGGUCAGCACAGCGAGCUUACAUGUGACGCCGAUGCUAAGCGAUGUUUACAAGGCAAAACAAGAGGAAACCACCAUGUCACCGGUGAUAAGCGAAAAGAAUGCAGUGAAUAGCGGCGAUAGUGAUCGUUCUGUGAGAGUCAAGAGCGAGGGCAGUAGCACUAAAAGCCAUAAAGUCGUGAAGAAAACUAGCACCAAGCCCAAAGAUAAAAGCAAGAGCGAAGAAGACACUGUGUACCACUACUGCUCACAGUGCUCGCUCAAAUUCAACAGAUCUUCUGAUCUGCGGAGACACGAGAGAGCACAUUUACUGGUGCUACCUUAUAUAUGCACACAAUGUGGUAAAGGUUUUGCACGUAAAGACGCUCUCAAGCGACACUCAGGUACUAUGACUUGUAAGAGAAACAGAAGAAAACUAAUGGAGGCUGCUGGUCGGGAAGUUAGCGAACUCAUAAAUGAAGCCAUAAAAACGGGCAGAAGUCUGUGA